AUGUCAGACCAAGGCCCUCAACUACGAGACACGACCACCGCGCUAUUAGUUCUUGCCUUUGUCUUUGUAGCGUUGCGCUUCAUUGCACGCUCCAAGCGUGGCCUUAGUUAUGGAGCAGACGACUGGAUGAUUGUAUUCUCACUGCUUAUUUGCUUCAUUUCCGGAGGACUCAAUUACGCCAUGAUUCAUUGGGGUUUAGGAAGGCAUGCUAUCACCCUGCCUCCCGAUAAUGUCACUAUGGUGCUCAAGCUCCUCGUUGCUUUUGAGUGUGUCUACUGCACUGCUAUAGGGCUAAUUAAGCUCUCUUUACUGGUCAUGUACCUGCGCAUCUUCCCAACACACAGCUUUCGAAUCAGCUCAUACAUCUUGGGAUUCGUGACAAUUGCUUGGGUUAUCGCUAUUAAUUUUGUCAGCAUUUUUCAGUGCACUCCAGUCAAAAAGGCCUGGAUGGGUUCUGCAAUCGACGGCACUUGUAUCAACCUCAAGGCUUCAUUUAUUGGCAAUGCUGUGCCCAAUAUCUUGACAGACGUUGCUAUCCUGUGUAUGCCCGUCGCUCAAGUAUUGAAGCUUCAAGUAACGACCGCUCAACGCGCGUCUUUGCUUUUCAUGUUCCUGCUUGGAGGAUUCGUGCUUUUCGCUAGUGCCUACCGCUUUAUGACAAUCAUGCGAUUUGAUGCAGACGACACAACGGGGACGCUAGCAACUGCAUGCACCUGGUGCGUUGUCGAGGUCGCAUCUGGCAUCAUAAGCGCAUGUCUGCCCACGUUACGUCCACUUAUGCUCCUCAUUUCGUCCCAAUUCAGCAGCACUCGGAAUCGGUCUGAGAAUGAGUUGGCUACGGGAGGGCGGUCGAGCAAGACACAGCUUGUCACCAUUGGCGGCACUGGCACCAAACGUAACCAGGAUUUCGAGCGCCUUAAAGACGACUUCGAGGUUCACAGUGAUUUUGUUGCAGCACAUACCCAUAGCGGUCAUGGUGACGCGUCUUCAAGUAUUGAUGAGAGGGCUAUAGUUGGUGCAAUAUAUGGACAGGAACUAAAGUCUCUCUAA